CAUCCAUACGUACAUAGUGAAGAAAGGGAAGUGAAAACAACAACAUUACGAGCAGCAUAAUAAUAAAUAUAUGAUUAUUAUAAUUUAUAUUAUUCCCAAAAUUAAAAAUAACAGCCAAACAAAAUUCCAUUAUGUGUCAUUGUCAUUGGAAAGCGGGGCAAAGAUUGCGGUGUUGGCAAGGAGUGGGGGGCGUUGAUCGAUCCGAUUGUUUAAGAAUGCUUACACACUCGUUCAUUGAGUCAUGUGCAACUUUAAGGGCUGCACAAAUACUUGGAAAAACUUUUCACACAAACUACAUAUGAACUAUUAUGAUAAUUAAAAUAACAUAAAUAUUUAGAAUAUAAACUAAUACAAACUAGUGUUUAUGCAUUAAGUGUCUUUUAUUUAUCGAAAUAAAAUGCCCAUUAUUAACAGCAAUACAGGGUAUACAACAACAGAGUCAACUUCCACUUCAGCUGUUUGUGCAGCCCUGGCAGCGAUCAGCUGUUAUUAAAUCUCGGCGCCAAUCAAAAGGGAACGGAGCAAUUUAGUUUAUUACUUUUGUAAAAUAUGUAUAAACGUUUUAGAAAAUCAAAAGAGCAAAUAAUAAUUGCCGAAAAUAGCAGCAGUGAUGAAGAAAAAAAUGUCGAUGAAGUGAGCCAAAUUAUUGUGCGAAGACGUCCUGCAAAUAAUCAAAAAUAUGUGCCAAUCUGCCGCAGUAAAACUGAACGCCUCGAUGAUUCUCGUAUUUCAGAUGCGAGCACCGAUAGCGAGCAAGAGCAAGAGAAUAAACGCUGUUUAUUAAACUCGAACAGAUGUCGCGAUAAUUCCAAGGCGUUGCAUUUAACGCCUAUCAAUAAAUUCCAGCCACUAUCAGUGGCUAUUAGUGGCAAGAAGAUGUCACCAGCUUCAUUAUCAUCGUCGCCAACUCUAAGCAACCUGAAGAAGUGUUCGCCAAAAACGCCGCCCGCUGUGGUUAUAAGUGUCAAAAAUAUGUCACCAACUUCAUCAUCAUUAUCGACAACUCUAUGUAACUUUACGAAGUGUUCUCCGGCAACGCCUCCAACAGCUUGGCAUAGUUUGAGGCGCACACUUGCCACCUUGAAGCGUGAGCGAAGUGUGUUGCAAACCUCCAUUCUAGACGCUAGUUACGUUGACAGCACCCCGAGUCCUUCACUGGAGUCGAACCUAUCCACAUUAAUUGCCAAGCAGCCCAUGCUACACAAUGCCAAAGUCUACUCAGCUCAGAAGAAACAUCGCUGUGUUAAAGGUGGAUAUUUACAGGAAUACAAGCGUCUUAUUCAAAAACAGCGAAUGGAUCGUCGCAGUCUGCAGCACAAUCAACGCCUGGGCAUCAGUCCAGGACAACGAGUUCAAGUGGUGGGUAUCAACGAAUCCUUUGGCGUGCACAUGGCGCGCGUUCAAGAGAUAGAAGACGACUCAAACAACUUCAAUGUGAUUGUGGAUCGCCAGAUGGCAGCGAGAAUCGUUGUGGGAUCGAAUUUGGAACUUUACUUCGACCCCAAGGCGGAGGCACCGUUGCAGAUGUCGAAUAAACAGCUCGUCUAUAUAGAACCGAAUAAAUUAGUUUUAUUAUAA